AGUCAGCAAACAUCCCAGCCCUCAGGAUGGCGAAGCACGUUAGCAGCACUCCGGUGGCUCUCUGCAGCACUCCGGCUUGGAAGCUGGAUAAGUUCAUAAAGGAAAACCUCCUUGGUGACCUCACCUUCCUGACUGAGCUCAGAACAGACGUGGACUCCAUAAGUGCUUUCCUGAUGGAGAGAUGCUUCCAAGGGGCCGUCCACCCUAUGAGGGUCUCCAGGGUUGUGAUGGGUGGCUCCUUCAAUCCAUACACCGUGCUCAAGGGCAGGUCAGAGGUCAACCUAUUGGUGUUCUUUAACAAUCUCACCUGCUUUGACGACCAGUUCAAGCUUCAGGGAGAGGUCAUUGAGGAAAUCCGGAAACACCUGUGCCAGUUCCAGCCAGAAAAACGACUGAGAGAGAAGCUUGAGGUCCAGAGCUCAGAGCAGUCCUUGAGCUUCAAGCUGAGCUACCCCAAGUUUCAGCAGGAGGUGGAAUUUCAUGUGCAGACAGCCUAUGAUGCUCUGUACGAAGUGAGAAGAAAAGAACAUUUUAAGUGUGAAAUCUACAACAAAGUCUAUGCCCAACUGAUCCGUGAGUGCACUAUCCUGGACAAGGAGGGUGAGUUCAACAUCUGCUUCAUGGAGCUCCAGCAGGACUUCCUGUGGAAACGUCCACGAGAGCUGAAGAACCUCAUCUGUCUGGUCCAGCACUGGUAUCGACUGUGUAAGGAGAAGCUGAGGGAGCCGCUGCCUCCACAGUAUGCCCUGGAGCUGCUCACAGUCUAUGCCUGGGAACAUGAGCUUCCAGACAAACACGAAACACAGACAGCUCGGGGUUUCCGGACCGUCUUGGAACUGAUCACCAAGUACCUAUGUCUUCGAAUCUACUGGACAUUGUAUUAUGACGUUCUGCACGAACAGGUCAAUGCCUACCUGUACGCACAGGUCAAAAGAGUCAGUCCUCUGAUCUUGGACCCGGCAGACCCAACAAGGAACGUGGCUGGUUUAAACUUACAGGGCUGGUGCAUACUGGCAGAAGAGGCAAAAGCCUGGCUGGAUUACCCAUGCUUUAAGAACAGGGAUGGUUCCCGAGUGAGCUCCUGGGAUGUGCCGCCAGAGAAAAAAGGAUUUGUCUCCCUGUGAGCAGCCCCAGCAUCUGCCCAGGAGACUCCAGAGUCAGGGUCACGUCCUCCUCUGCUGCAAGACCUUGACCUAGAGAGGACAGGAUGGCGCUCAAGGCUCCAGCGAGGGACAUCCAACCUGGGAUCAGACUCCAGGCUUCUGCUCCCUGCCUGCCCAUGGACAGCCUUCCUCACAGCCUGCUUCGCCACCAACAGUGUUCUCUGGGAGUCAGGCUGUGAUGGCCAGAGAAGAACACAAGCUUGAGUUCCAUCUGUCCACCUGUUGGGAGGUUCUGUCCAAUCGUGUCUGAUCAUCAGUAAAUCACAGUAAGCCGUGGGGGGGGGUGUGCACUCUGAGAGAUCCAUCCUCAGCUCACCUAGAAACUUCCACAGCUGCACGUGUCCCUGGAGCCCUGGGAAUCUGGCUAGUGACCAUCGAGGUGCACUGUUUUCUGCAACAUGCAGGCUGGGCUUAUGGCAGUGUGGGAAAAUAAAACUGCCGGCACUUUAAAAUUUUGACGUGUGUUUGUGAGGAUGAGAUUUGAAGCACUGAAUUAAAGCAAAAUGCAUCGAAUGAA